ACAUGUCGUUGUGAACGUAAGAUGUGAACUCUCGUCUUCACGUGAUAAAUGCCUAAAUGUCAGUACCAAAAAGUGAGGACAGAUUUUCGGAAAUCCACCAACAGUUGAACUAAGCAUUCCUUUACCUAAAAGUUGUAGAACGGUGAUCAGAUUUUACGAGCAACUAUCGUGGCUUCGGCAAAUUUUGACCUGGGGAGCAUGUGAUAAGUUUUAAAUCAAGCACACAUUUAGGCAACUAGAAACAGAAUUCUUUGACGUUAUGAGGGGGAAGGCACCGCUGUCCAGAGAGAGCUAUGUGCGGGAUCUCCCAUUUGGUGUUCAGAGAACACUGGCGUUUGAUCUGGACUUGUCAAAUCUGUGGGAGAACUUAGUUGUGCAGAUACCAAAACACCUAAAUUACAGCAGUGAGGAUGACUUCAUUCCAAGAUAUACAUCACAGCAUGUAGGACUGUUUGCUCGUCAACUGCAGAUACCCAACGGAAGCCCCACAAGGGCUAUUCUUCAGGAUUGGGGGACACAGAACUGCACGAUUCAGAAUCUUCUGGAUGCACUCAAUAGAGCUGACCUUAUAGCUGCUGCCAACUUCAUCAAACAUGAGGUUCUGAAAGAACCCGAUGAAGACGAUGAAGAAGAGGAAGAGCCUGUAGAUGAACUUCCCAUUCCACCACCUCUCUUACCUCCCAUUUUGAUCCGUGCAGUUCCUGGAGACCAUCAGCACAGAGCCCAGAUGGCAGGGUACCAGGCCACAGAAACAAUGAGUGAGUUAGAUUUGCUGAAGAAGGGAGUGCGAGAACCCAAGCAGAAUGACUUGUCCUCGACACCACCUGUCUCCUUCAUUAGCAAGAGCCUGAGUGAGGUUCACACACAAAAGCACGAGAGACAGUAUGAGAGCAUGGGGGGUGCAGGAGCACUUGCUCAGUCCCCAAACUUAAACACGCCUGUGUGCUGCGAAAAACCAUUAGGUAAAGCCUCAGUGAAAAAAAUUGGACAAGAUCUUCUUCAGCCAACUCCAGAUCUCUUCCCUCUGCCUUCCAAAUGCACAGGUGUGGCAGUGGAACCAGUCAUCAAAAAUUCAGAUGUUCUCCAACACAUUCCAUUCAGAGACCUGGAGGAAAUUACAGGUGGAUUUAAUGAGAUACCUUACCUCUCAGGUGGAAGAAUGAUUGGAAAAGGAGGAUUUGGAAUGGUCCAUCUUGGUGUGGACAGGGAUGACAGGAAGGUUGCUGUCAAAGUGCUCAAAAACCAAACAGACACCUUAAGGAAACAGUUUCGUACUGAAGUGGACACACUUUCAAGACUGAAGAAUGAAAAUUUGCUGACACUAUUGGGUUACUCCUGCGAUGGGCCAAAAUCAUGCAUUGUGUAUGACUAUAUGGUGAAUGGGUCACUGGAAGACAGAUUGUCCUGCAAGAACGGCACCCCACCAUUGUCUGCAGAAGUGAGGAUUAGCAUUUGUAAAGGUUCAGCGUCAGGAAUUGCAUUCUUGAAUAGCUUAGGCUACAUCCACAGGGACAUCAAGAGUGCAAACAUUUUGCUGGACAAGGAUUUUGUGCCCAAACUUGGUGAUUUUGCGACCACCCGACUUGGCCCAAGCGGAGACGGACACACUCAGGCAGAGACGAGCAUCCUAAUAGGGACAUCGGCCUAUCUGGCACCUGAGGCACACAACUUUGAUGUGUCCGCUAAACUGGACUCCUUCAGUUUUGGCGUGGUAAUUUUGGAGUUAAUAACAGGAUUACCAGCCUAUGAUGCUAAGAGGGAAGAGCGGGAUCUGAGAAGCCAUGUUCUUGAGAACUGUGAAGACAUAAUGAUGAUGGUGGAUAGAUAUGGCGGAGACUGGAUUGAAGGCAGUGUUAGAACCUUGUACAGUGUCGCUCGUCGAUGUUUGGCAAGUCAAAAAAGGAAACGUGCUCUUGUCAAGGAUGUGUUCCAGGAGAUUCUAGCAUUGUGACACCACUGUAAUAACAGCAUCCUUCUGAUAAACUGUGGAUAACCCUGAAAGGCUUAACACUGGCAUUUUGGUGCAUAGGAAGAAUAUAACAGAGAUUUUGAUAUGGUAAAAUAGCUGACCAUCAUCGCCAGCUGGGCAUUGAGCCUGAACUUCUGCAGCCUUGAACAUGGUAGUUAAAACAGUGUAUGUGUAGCUCUGACAGAGUUUAUGGGCUGGUGAUUUGUACCCUAUGUACCAAUCUGUGACAGUUCAGUUAUAACAAACUUGUCUUCAGUAGAAGCCUUGUGUAUCAGUUUUGCAGUUUUAAAAUAAGAUUUUUACCGUCAGCAGAUUACACUACUUUCAUAAAAUUGGUGCAAAUGUAUUUUCCGUGUUUAUCCCAUGUAACCGUUGUCCUGUGAGUUAUUGAAUGUUGGUUGUCAGAAAGCUAUUGUAUUAAUAUACAAGUUUCAUGGCAGUACCUAAUGUGAUGACAGUUCAGAUUAUUUUUGUUAAAUAUGAAAAGUCAUAAUAAGAAAAGAUUUUUACCCCAGUCACUUUCACUUUCAGUAUCUAGGUCCAUUGAUUGAUAAACUUUCUCAGUGACAGUUGAUAAACUAGGUCAACAAAUAGCUGGUCUUUCCUGCUUGGUGGAUCCAUUCAUUUACAUUGUCACUCAAAAAUAAGUGUAAAGUUGAAGAAAUACUCUGAUACAAGCAAAAUAGUAAGCUAGUUAGGCAUCGGAAAAUUGAAUAAAGAUGUGCAUGUACAUAACAGCAGUUGUGAAUCGUAGAUUAAUGGAUGGAUACAGCUUUAAGAGUGGAAAGUAAAUAAAAUUUUAUCUCUUCACACACUACAGAUCUUUUAUAUGUACAUAUUGAUAAUGGUACUGUAUUUUUCCACUUUUGUCGCAUGUUGUUUAUUGAAAUGGGGGUGUGAUAUAGGAAUGUAGACAGAUAAAACUUUUGUACACAAUACAGGGGCUUCUAUGGUAUAUAUAUAUAUUUUUAUACACGAGUUAUGAGUACCAAAACUGAAUGUUUUUAAUAAAUGUUAUAUUUUAUUGAAAAGCUGUGUGUGUGUAUUUGUGUGCUUCAUUACACGAUGUUGAUCAAAUUUGCCAGUGCAUUUUUGAUACCUGACCAAAUUUAGCGAGUAUGCACAUAUUUUAAGAUUGACACUCAGGUAUGCAUCUUCAUCCUGACGUUAUGCAUACGAUAAAGUCAUAGUUGUGACAGGAUAAUAAUACUUGACCUUUCUUGUUGAUUUAAUGGCA